GCACCGACCUCUUUCCAAUCUGUACUUUUGAGCAGACAAGUCAGAGAGACUACCCCCUUUUACACCCCAACUUUACAAAGACCCGAUAGCUACUCGGUAUCUAUUCCAAAGCUUCCUCUAAUUACUCGACCAAAUCGCUUGACGAAAAUCCGUCAUCACAUUCUGAGGUGGUCAUCACUGUGGCUGUGCGCUCCCGAUCGCCUUCAAAGCUCCGUGUGGAUAAGACGUCACUGAUUGGCUCUGCGGCAAGCGACCCCCUCCGCCAGAUCCAACUUUCCAUAGAGGCAGUGGCAGUACCUAUCUAGACCUAUCCGGUGUACUCGUACCAGUGCCAGUACUGUACCAGCCCUCAGUGCCCUCAGCGCAGACUCGGCAACGAGCCUCUGAUCCAAACCAGGAGCCUUCUUUGUUGAUAGACAGUUUGAGACUGACAUUUCGCUCCCUGGGAAGGCGCAUACCUCCGCUCCCUCUGCGACUGCCUUUUGUAAGCAAAAAAUCCAAAUCCAAAUCCCCAAAAAUAUUCCCAUUCCCCUGCCUGUGCCUGUGGCAAACCUUCCCUUCUCUUGGAGUCCCCCGCUUGUCACUCUCAUUGCAGCUCAAGUCGAUCGAUGCUGUGGCUCUGAGCUGCCCACUGCCCACUACCCACUACCCGCUGCCCCUCCACCAUGGAUAACUUUCCGCUGUUGGAGCUUACUCCUAUGACCUCUAUCGAAGACGACCUGGCUGACAUAUAUCUCCUUCCCUCGCAGCGUUCCUCCAAUUCGCUCCCAACCAUGGACGGCUCAAAUAACUUCGUCGAUCCCGACGAAGUACUAGUCGACGCAGACAACGAAAAGGACAGCGUCAUAAACAUCAACACGGAUAGUGAUGGCGAACCAGCACUGCGCGCAGACGAUUGUAGGUUUGACUGUGGCCAUCUGCCGCCUGCGUGCGCGGCCCUGGAAUAUGGAAUAGAAGCUAAUUGUGCUGCCAGUCGAGGCGAUGAGAAAGGCGAUCCUCACACCACUGCCCGAGCUACCUCCUAUCCUUGCUGACGGACAUCAUACCUGGGAAAUAAAAAACUGGCGACAGUUAGCAAGAAGGGAACAUGGUCCCGUUUUUGAAGUGGGAGGCUUCCCUUGGUAAGAUUUCAUGUGCUCCACCGGCGUAACUUGACUAACGACUGCAGGCGCAUACUCAUGUUUCCGUUUGGCAACAAUGUUGACCACACCUCUUUCUACCUCGAACAAGGAUUUCCGGACGGAAAAGCCCCAGACGAUUUUGUGUGUUGCGUACAGUUCGGUUUGGUUCUCUGGAACCCAAAUUCGCCCGACAUUUUUACCCACCAUGUAGCUCACCACAGAUUUACCAAAGAGGAGGGUGAUUGGGGUUUUACACGUUUCGUGGAGAUCAGAAAGCUAUGGCAGAUACCAUUCGAGGGCACAAACCGAUUUCUGGUUGAGCAUGAGUCCGCCAAUAUAACGGCCUACGUCAGAGUGGUAAAGGACGAGACAGGGGUCUUAUGGCACAACUUCCAAAACUACGAUUCGAAAAAAGAGACAGGAUUUGUUGGUUUGAAGAAUCAAGGAGCCACAUGCUAUCUCAAUUCUCUGAUCCAAUCAUUAUAUUUCACAAAUGCUUUUCGCAAGGUGCGUCUAUCGAUUACGAAAAACCCACCCCUGUUGCUAACCAUGUCAUAGGCCGUUUACCAAAUACCAACACAAGGCGAGGAUAGUCUUCAGAACUCUGCGUAUACCCUUCAGCGUCUAUUUUAUCAACUCCAAACAUCCAACAAUGCCGUGAGUACGAACGAGCUCACAAAGUCCUUUGGCUGGGAGACUAGACAUAUCUUCGAGCAGCAAGAUGUACAGGAGCUGUCUAGAAAACUCAUGGAACGAAUGGAGGAGAGGAUGAAAGGCACCGAAUCGGAGAAUGUGUUACCAAGACUUUUCUGUGGAAAAGUGCGCACAUACAUAUCUUGCAUCAAUGUCGAAUACGAAUCUCGUCGCGUUGAAGACUUUUGGGAUAUCCAAUUGAACGUCAGUGGCAACAAGACGAUCGAGGACAGCUUCAGAGAUUAUAUCCAGGUGGAAACGAUGGACGGUGAAAACCAGUAUUUUGCUGGCGACCAAUUCAAGCUACAGGAUGCGAGAAAGGGCGUUAUUUUUGAAUCGUUUCCCGAAGUCCUUCACCUACAGCUGAAGCGCUUUCAGUAUGAUAUUGACCACGACGCCAUGAUGAAAAUUAAUGAUCUUUACGAAUUUCCGGAAUCAUUCGAUGCGGCUCCAUACUUGUCGUCGGAUGCCGAUCGAAGCGAGCCCUGGAUUUACAAAUUACAUGGCGUUCUUGUUCACAGCGGAGAUUUGAACGCUGGACACUAUUAUGCCUUCAUCAAACCUGGCAAAGAUGGCUGGUUCUACAAAUACGAUGAUGAUAAGGUCACGAAAGCUACAAUGCGGGAAGUUUUGAAUGAUAACUACGGAGGCGAAUAUCCCAUGGGUACAUCGCCAAUCUCCAAGCUAUCCACUCCUACCAUGCGACAAAUGAGCGCCUAUAUGUUGGUAUAUAUACGCGAAUCUCGCUUGGACGAUGUCCUUUGCCCAGUUGGAAAAGAACAUACCCCCUCACACCUACAAGCGAAGCUCGACGAGGAAGCCGCGCUGCGAGAAGCACGUAGAAAGGAAAGAGAGGAGCAGCAUCUGUACAUGGGCGUGAGAGUUAUUACAGAGGACACGUACCUGGCUCAUGGUGGGACCGACUUGACUACUUUUGAUGUUAACAGUCUCGACGAACCAUCCGCGGCCAAAUCUUACCGUGUUCUUCGGAAAUCGACCCUGCGAGACUUGAUUUUACAAAUCGCUGAAGAUACCGGUGUCAAUCCAAACAUGUUGCGACUUUGGUGUAUGGUAAAUCGUCAGAAUAAGACGACACGACCAGACGUGCCCCUCACCGACCUAGAUGCCACCGUAGAAGAGGCGCAUCAAAAGCUUGUUGGGAGUAAGACCGCGGAACUGCGCCUGUGGGCUGAGAUGGCCGAGCAAGUAGGCGAAGACGGCCUCGGAAAAUGGCCCACUAACAGCACAACAUCAACAACCACGAGCUCCAUUGGCUCGUUGACCACGUUGGGCUCAAUGGGCUCGAUGGGUUCGAUGGGUUCGAUGGGAUCCUCCACAACUUCCAAAAAGCUUGGACCCGAUCAAAUCCUUCUCUUUUUGAAGUGGUUUGAUGUUGAGAAUCAACAACUCCGAGGUGCAGGGCAUAUCUACAUCAGUCAUGACAAGAGAGUGGAGGAACUCGUACCUGUCAUUUUGAAUAAAAUGGAUUGGCCAGAAAAGCUUCCGUCGGGCGACCGCCUGGCACUGAAACUAUACGAGGUAACUACCCUAAUACCGGAUAGAGAUCAAGCUGCUAAUGAGAGACAGGAAAUUAAACCGACAAUGAUUGAGCCAAUGAAAGGAAAGCAGACGCUGAAAGCUGCUGAACUUCAGGAUGGCGAUAUCAUAUGUUUUCAAAAAUCAACAUCUGGACUUUCCCUUUCGGAUCUGGAAUCUCAAUCUCAAAUUUUCAGAAUGUCCGAAUCUGAUAGAUCGUCCGACAAACCGUCAACCACCAAUAGUGUUUAUUCGUUUUCAGAUCGAAUCGAGUUCGCUCCCAUGUUCUACGACUUUCUUAUACACAAGAGGGAGGUUCAAUUUCAUCCACAUCCAACAAGAAAUCCCAACCCGGAAGCAUAUGAGCCAUUCUCUUUGACUCUCAGUGCUAAGCACAGUUACGACCAAGUGUCGACCAAAGUUGGGGACAGACUUGGAGUUGAUCCUACUCAUCUUCGAUUCUGGUCUGUCAAUGCUACGACAGGGAACCCCAAAUCUGUGAUUAAACGUAAUCAAACACACACGUUACAGUUGAUGCUCAAUCCCCCUUACAGCACCUUCAGCAACAACAACCAGAAGGCAGAUCAACUGUACUUUGAGGUGCUUGAAAUGAGUUUGACUGAGCUAGACACCAAGAAGUCCUUACGAGUCCAAUGGCUUAGUGAGGGCCUGUCGAAAGUGGUGAGUCUACCAACGUCAUUUCGAAUUAUCUCCACUGUUAACCAAAUUUAGGAUACGUACGAUAUACUUGUCGCCAAGAGUGGAACUGUCGAUGAUCUCAUCCUUGGGCUCGUCAAGAAGUUGAAUCUUACCGACCAAGACCAGAUCGAGGCGAUCCGAAUAUACGAAAUCCACAGUCAUAAGAUUCAAAAAGAACUUGGCCGAUCACACGCUGUCAUCAGUAUCACGGACUACGUUACACUAUCAGCAGAGAUAAUGCCGGAAUUUGAUCGCGACAUUCCGAGCGAUCAAUUCAUCUAUGCAUUCCACUUCCAGAAUGAACCCAAUAAGGGUCACGGAAUUCCGUUUAAGUUCCGUAUGAUCGAGGUAAGCAAGUCAACUAGUUGCCUUAAAACCUAUUCUCUAAUAAGCGAUUCAGGGCGAGCAAUUUAUUAAUACCCGAAAACGACUCGAAACGCGGCUAGGUCUGAAAGGCAAGAACUUUGAGAAAAUCAAGUUUGCGGUUGUCACCAAAAGUCAAUACUCGAAGCCCAAAUAUCUUGCUGAUGGUAAGCACCACUCAAUCUACAAUCACGAAGAACGACACUAACACAGCGCAGAGGAUGUAUUAUGGGACAUGGCUGUCAACGAAGAAGAUUUACUUGGAUUGGACCACGUGGACCGAACGCGGAUUAUUCGAAAUGGCGCAGGAGAUUUGUUCUUGAAGUAGACUUUGGGCGUGGCGUAGCAUAUGUUCAUCUCGUUUUUCUCUACUUUUUUUCUUUCUUUUGGCAAGCGGUGGUUUUUGUAUGUUAUGAAGGGAUGGCGCUCCGGUGGCUUGCAAAGGGUGGAUGGAUGGUUAAAACAGUCAUAUGGAUUCUUGGUGGGCAUUAAAGGGCCAUCAAUCUGGGAUGAAUGCAAGUGUAGAUGAUGGGAAUGAAAGGGGACCUGUCUUGGCAUGUGUUGGCAAGAAUUGAUACAGAAAGCAUCAUAGCGUUGAGGCCACAUUUAAACCACGAAUACUACCAAUAUUUCCUCUA